GGAAACUUUUGUGUGUCCUGCUGAAGAAAAACAAAAGGAAAACUGUGAACAAAAAUAAUCUUUGUAUAAAUAAAAAGUGAAAAACCUAAUCAGGCCAUAUAUUAUAUAUAACUCAGGAAUGCUCACUGUUCAUUAUUGGCUUUUCUCGUCCCCGAAAAAUAAUAAAACAAAACAGUUGCUCUGGAAACCCUUAAAAGAUAAAAUCAGAGAGAUGAAGCAAAGUCGUGGUGGUGAAGUUUGGAGAUGGAACAAGGAAGUAGAGAUGGAUGCCAUAAGCGAUUGUUUGAGAAAGAGUUGUUUCAUCGCUGUAGAUACAGAGUUUCCGGGAUGCUUGUUGGAGACUCCUGUAGACGCGAGCGAGGAAACCCGGUACAGAGACAUGAGAUAUAACGUCGGCAAUACCAAUCUGAUUCAAUUAGGGUUUACGUUGUUGGACGGUAACGGAGAUACCCGUGGAACAUGGGAAGUUAAUUUCUCUGAUUUCGACGAAUCAGUUGACGCUUACAACGACAAAUCUAUCGCGUUUCUGAGAAGUAAUGGUCUCAAUCUUGACAAGAUACGUGAGGAAGGAAUCGGGAUUGACGAGUUCUUCGGGGAGUUUGCUCAGAUUCUUAAGUCGAAAAGGAUGAGUUGGGUUACUUUUCAAGGCUCAUACGACAAGGCUUAUCUAGUUAAAGGCUUAACGGGAGGAGAACCGUUGCCUAAGACUUCACAAGGUUUUGAGGUGGCUGUGGAGACCCUUCUGGGAGACGUUUUUGACGUCAAGAAUAUAGCCGAGUUAUGCAGCGGGAUAAGUAGCCAUUACGGACUACAGAAGAUAGCAGAUGCGUUACAGAUGAGGCGUGUCGGAAUAGCUCAUCACGCUGGUUCUGACAGCGAACUCACGGCUCGUAUCUUCACCAAGAUGGCUUGCGGUUUGCAUGAUUACGAAAAGAGAAAGCAGCAAUACCAAGAUCAGCUUAUGAUGGCUACAAGUUAUGUACCACAGCUGCCACCCAUGGAGUAUGAUGCUUACCCAUCUUUUGGUGGUUACUUCAGUGGUGCCGGCCAAGGAAUGAACUAACUAUGUAUGAUCUAACGUUUAACAUGACUGCACUGCAGCCUACUAUGUACAUAUUCUGUUUUAUCACAUCUUUCUUUGAACACAAAGAUAACUUUCAUCU